CCGACCGGGCGAUUUCUUCGCGCGAUUUAAAGACGCAAACCAGGUCAGUUUUUACACUUUCAAAACCCUACCCCCAUUUCUCUCUCGUUCCUCUCUACUCUCUCUCGCCCCUCCACCUUCAAAUCUUCCACUUACACUGAUUUCACACACAUACCAUCCUCCCAAUCCAUCUAAUUCAAGGGUUGAACCGAUUAAUCGGUUGAUUUACUCAAGAACAAGCAAAAAGGAGAGAAAUCCGUUUUCUAUCACUCUAAGCCCGAAAGGUAGUGAACGAUGGCGCCCAACCACUCUGGAGUUAAUUUGAAUGCCGAAGAGAAGAAGAAAUGGGCCGAACUCUCACAACUACCCUACCGGGUAGCUAGAUAUCCAUGCCCUAUCACAAUCCGACGGUUGGGCAUUGAGCAGUGCUUCAAUGAGCUAUGUGAAGAGGGGCAACUAAAUGGGCUCUUCAUGGCACAGAGGAACCCCUCCUAUCAGAGGCUUACACUGGAGUUCUUGUCUACCCUUGAGGUAAUCAUGAACAGGAGGGAGAUAGUUGCCAUCAAGUUUCGUAUGAGGAAUGCUGAGUACACAGUGACGAUGGCACAAUUCAAGGAGAUCUUUGGAUUUUCAGGGGAGGUGUAUAGAGAGCCGUUUAACUUCAGUCACAAUGCGAAUGACUUCUGGAAGGCCAUCACUACCGUUGAUGACAACUUCGCCGCCAACAGGGCAAAGGGUUCUCUCAUUAGGAACCCAGCCUUGCGCUUACUCCAGAAGGCGUGUGUAUGUUACCCCUUCGCUCGUCAUGAGCAUGGGAGUGUGCAGAGAGACGAGCUCUUCCAGUUAUGGACUAUUUUGCACAAGGAGGCUCCCUUGAAUUUGGGCCACUUCAUGAUCAAACAUCUUGAGAGGGCUUCGAAGAAGAAAACCGGCACACUCUGUGUCGGUGCGGUUGUGUCAGCUAUUGCACUUCAUCUGGGAGUGUCGACGAGGGGCUUGGUCGCCGACAUUGGUGACAACUUGAUGGACUUCGGCUUUCUGAGAAGAACAAGGCUGGUCGGAGUGGACCAACGAGGGCAGAUAUAUUUGAUACAGAGGGCAGUAGAUCAUUACCCCCUCCCGGACACCGUCAACACCUAUGUGAACGGUCCUUUCCACAAGGAAAACUGGAAGAUGAAGGCUGCGGUCCACGAACAAGUCACGGCGGUGAAUCCGCGGAACUUGCAAUUUAGGGAUGUGAGCCCGAGCUCGAGUGUUGAUGAAGCGCCCCACAUGGGCUUUCCCGAGAUCGAGAUGGGGGACGAGCAGAAUGAAGAAGAAAAUGAGGAGGAAGGUGAGGAUCAACCGACCUACCAAGGGGGAGAUGAAGCCGGGACAAGCACGCAGAGGACACGAAGCCGACAAGAGCGACAAGAGGAGGACUACGGCUCGAUCAAUGAGAGGUUGACACGGAUGGAGUUGCGUCAGCAGGAAUAUUGGGUCCAGAAUGAAGCGCGAUGGGACCAGUUCGAAACCAACUGGACCCAAUUCACUGAUUUCAACAAUGCACAAUGGGCCAACAUCAAUGCCCGAUUCGAUGAAUUCUGUGGCCAGUGGCAGCAUCCGCCUCCUCCUCCGCAGUGAAGGUCCAUGGGAGAUCCACUCUCUUUCAAACUUAUCCUAGCUUUGCUUGGAAUAAGUUUGGGGGGGUGUCUAGUGGAUUCCCUCUUUUACCUCUCUCCCUCUUUAUUUGAUGAUGAUACCCCGGCCUGUACCCCUAUUCUUUUGAUGAUAUUUGAUGAUGAUAUGUGGGCAUGUAAACUUAUGUGGUUUUGUUUCCUUGUUCCA